AUGUCUCUUCGACGCUGCCGCGCACACUUCCCCCGGGCACGCCAUACCAUCCGUGCCCUGACGCCCUCGCUGCGCACCUACGCAACCGAAUCAACGACUGAAUCCGCCCAAGCCCCGUUGCAGGAAUCUUCGCCGCCGCGAUGGAGCCAGACGCCCGCGGGCAUGAAAGCCCCCAUGCAGCUCGACUUUGCAAAGUCGUUCAAAAACAAAAUCUGGAAGGUCAACAACGACCCCGCGAAGCUGGACAACAUGUACAACCGGCUGCUGGGCCCAGGCGGCAGCAAGAUGCUGCCCGAGGAGCUGAAAUGGCUGGCGGUCACGCACAAGAGCUUCGACCAGGGGAGGAGAGGGUUCAACGACAAGCUAGCACUGAUGGGCCGAUUGACGCUCGUCAUGGAAGCGACCAAGGAGAUUGUCAGCAAGCCCCCGCUGCGAGGGUCACGGCAGGCAGACGAAUUCGACAGAGCGCCCUUUGAGCACGAACAGCUCGCGCCCGUGGACAACCUGAGCGUCGAGGGACCAAAAGACGUAGUCGGCAAGGAGAAGCUGUACGCGCUCGCGUCGGACGUGGGCGUGCUGGCCGUUCUGCGGUGGAAGCCCAGACUGCCGGAAAACCUCAAGUCGUCAGGCGUGGAAGUCGUCGUCAACGGGGCCGUCCUGGCCAUCCUCGGCGCCAUCACACUACAGCACGGGUCGGUGGUCGCGUCGAGGGUUGUGCGCGAGAGAAUAUUCGCGCGACUCGCAAAGAUCGACUAG